CAAGGGAAAGUUACCCUUGCUGAUCUGUGGUCAGUUUUCCCAUAAGUAAUUCUCAAACUAUAUUAUUGAGGAGCAAUUACAAAACUGGCCCGGGACCAGCAUUGAGUUGACGCGUGGUGAGAUCCAGAGAGUGAGCGAGCAUGGAAAAGCUGAGGUCGGUGUAAAAGCGGACGGGAUACACGUCUGCUCAGAAACUUCUGACUCUCUGUUAUCCCUCAUCUUGAUGGGGUUGCAUUUGGAAACCGUAUUUUUUCUGAUACAGUCUUUGCCAGACGUUUGAAGAAUAAUUAUACUUCCUCUGAUUUUGUGUCCGAAUCUCACGGCGACCAGAUCUUAGGGACCGUUCUUUUUGUAGCCAGAUCAUAGCUUGGAGUUGAAGCCGAGCUAAACCCGUCAUCACACAAGUCUUCAAAAUUUUCAGAGCCAGAACAAAACGGAAUCGAACUACACAGUCUGUAGGAACGGGUUGGAGCGUAUUGCAAACUUUGUUGCUCACUGUAAAGCCAACCGAUAUUGCGAAUUCAUUGAAAUGAAUGGGACACAUUCUUUUUAGUGGCAUACAACAAACUUUCGUUUUCAAAAGAAAUAAGCUAAGUCUAUUCACUUAACAGACGGACAUAACACUGAUAGUUUUUUUUCUAAGUCAUGCUUUACGAGGGAAAAUGGACCACGGUGAAGGCGUCAUCUCUGGAGAGCUCUGGAUGUGAGACCUACAUCACAUAUUUACGCGCUUUUGUUUGUUUUCACGCGUCCCACUGAGGUGAAACUCCAUGGCGCCACAUCACUAGGACCCCCAGAGUGUCCGGUUGCUUCGUCGUGAUUGGAUCAGCGAAUUUCCACACCAAGCUGAACGGCUAAUGGCUCCAGUUCUCUGGUUUCUCCUCCGCAGAGGAUAGAUCCAUCCCCCCUUCCCACCCCCUGACACUGACACAGCCAAACGCCCUUGCAUAGGCACUCACCACCCCCCUACCACCACCUCCUCCAGCACUACCCCUCAUCUGGAGGAGCUCCUCCUCAGCUUUGGAUUUGGAAUGACAUCAUGUCUCACCAAGCUCCGUGUGGAACAGCGUCCAGCUCCUGCUCUCCGGGCCUAACGCGUUUGCGGAUCACUGCUUGCUAGCCCACCACAGCACCCGCCACCAGAGAAGAAGAGCGCAACAGGGAUGAAGGUGGCCAGCCUGCCCAGGACUGCACGCAUGUGUCUUCACUUGGGUGGUGCCGCCCGGUGGGCCCCGUCUCCGGCUCCUCGUCUGAGGUAAGGGAGGGAGGAAAGCGCGACCUGGUGGAGAUGCGGUGGAGCUCCGGGCUCGUCCAGCCAGGAUGCCCAUCACCCAAGAGAACGCGGCGAGCCACCUCCUGCUGCUGGAGCGCUGGCUGAGGGAGCAGGAGCAGGAGCAGCAGUGUCGGCAUGAGGAGGAGCAGAGGCCCAGAGGUGGCCCCGGCCCGGGCAGUGGCCUCCUCCUCUGCCAGGCUGCCAUUCGAAAGCUGGUGGAGUACAUCCAGAUGAACUUUCUGGAGGGGGACGAGACGCCACCUCUGGAGCACAGGGAGGAGUCAGAGGCAGAGGUGCGCCCUGUGUACCUGACCAAGGGCGACGGGGACGGUGACGGUGCGGAGUUCGGCCUGAGCUUUGGGAACAUCCCCAUCUUCGGGGACCCCGACGGCCGGAAGAAGGGGGGCAGGCGGAGGCGCAGGAAGGGGGACAAGGGCCCCGUGCUGGACGUGGGCUGUAUCUGGGUGACGGAGGUGAAGAAGAGGAGCCCGGCGGCGGGGUGCGGCGACAUCAAGCUCAGGGACGAGCUGCUGUCACUCAACGGUCAGCUGAUGGUCGGGGUGGACGUCACUGGAGCCAGUUACCUGGCAGACCAGUGCUGGAAUGGCGGCUGCAUCUACCUGAUCAUGUUGCGGAGGAUCAAACGGAAGGCCCCUCUCCCUCCAUGCAACUGCAGCAUCAGUGGCAGCGGGGGUGGGGGUGGGGGUGGCGGUAGCGUGGGUGUGGGUGUGGGUGUGGUGGACGGCCCUGCCGAGCCCCGGCCCAGCGCCCCGCCAGAGUCGGCGGGGAGCCCCACUCUGAACGGCAAGCGGUCGCGCAAGUUCGGCGUGAUCUCCCGCUCCUCGCUCACGCGCGACAGCAGGGGAAGCCGGGACAGCCGGGACUUCGAGCACGAGAAUGGCUACGCCUCCACGGAGACCGAGGCCACGCCCUCGGAGCCCAGCACCCCCAUGGACACGCCCACUGAGGAGGGACCUCUCAAUGUCCCUCCCGGCCCUCCGUCUUUCCCGCUGGCCAAUCACAUGGCCAUAGGGAGCACGGCCACGCUGCCAGCCCGACCCCGUGCGCGCCUCUCAGACAACUACAAGGCUGAGUCUCUGAACAGCGAACCCUCCUGUCAGCCCAGAGAAGGGAGUCGCAUAUGGAAGAUGCACAUGGUGAAGGGGCAGGACGGUUUAGGCAUCCAGAUCACCGGCGGCCGCGGCUCCAAGCGCUCCCCUCACGGCAUCGUCGUGGCCCACGUGGAGGAGGGAGGCGCUGCACAAAGGGAUGGCAGGCUGAAGGCGGGAGACGAGCUGUUGAUGAUUAACGGACAGUCACUGGUGGGGCUCUCGCACCACGAAGCCGUGGCCAUCCUGCGCACUGCGGCCGGCCUGGUGCAGCUGGUGGUGGCCAGCAGGGAUGAGUCGGAGGUGGACUUCCACAAGUACCCAUCCACCAGCCUGCCUGACCUGGUGAGCACAUGCCAGUCCCAGGACGCCUCGCCCUCCCCCAGCGAGGACAAGGAGAACAUGGAGCCGGAAGCGGAGGACGUGACCGCCAGCAGCCUCUCGCUGGCCACACACGAGUCGUUUUCUGACAUGGAGAAGCUGGAGGAGAGAGGACACAUGGAGGGCCCCAAAGGGUGCUGCCGCAGCCCCACGCCUAUGAAGUUCCGCAGCAGAUCGCAAGGAGGCGGUAGCCGUCUGGAGUCGGUUGGGGAGGAUGAUGAACUGAUUGUGGAGAACGGGGACACAGGAAGUGAUGUGGCGGAUAAGCCGGCGAGGGGCGGGCGGAAGCACUCACUGCCUCAGCAGCUGGACACUGCAGGCGUCAGACAGGAAUAUCAAAUAGUGAAGAAAUCGGCGCGAUCCCUGAGCACCGUUCAAGUGGAAUCACCAUGGCGACUGGCCCAGCCGUCUAUUAUCUCCAAUAUAGUCCUGAUGAAAGGACAGGGGAAGGGUCUGGGCUUCAGCAUCGUAGGUGGCCAGGACUCGGCCCGGGGCAGGAUGGGCAUCUUUGUGAAGACCAUCUUCCCCAGCGGGGCAGCGGCCGCAGACGGACGCCUCAAAGAGGGUGAUGAGAUACUGGAGGUCAAUGGGGAAUCUCUCCAAGGUCUUACUCAUCAGCAAGCCAUUCAGACGUUUAAGCAGCUGAAGAAGGGUGUGGUGACGCUGACGGUGCGCACCCGCCUGCGCAGCCCCAGCCUGACGCCGUGCCCCACGCCCACCCUGCUGAGCCGCUCCAGCUCGCCCAACUCCAACACCAGCGGCGGCACGCCCGGCACGCCCGUCCCGCCCGCCUUCGACGAGGGCGACUCCCGCAGGGGCCCCGGGCCCAAGGACCGCAUCAUCAUGGAGGUCUCGCUCAACAAAGAACCAGGUGUGGGGCUUGGCAUCGGAGCCUGCUGCCUGACCCUAGAGAACACCAGCCCUGCGAUCUACAUCCACAGCCUGGCCCCGGGCUCAGUUGCCAAGAUGGACGGCAGACUCAGCCGAGGAGACCAGGUGUUGGAGGUGGAGUCAGUGAGUUUGCGGCACGCAGCCCUCAGUGAAGCGUAUGCCAUCUUGAGCGAGUGCGGUCCUGGCCCUGUCAGCCUCAUCAUCAGCAGACACCCCAACCCUAAAGUGUCUGAGCAGGAGAUGGAUGAUGUAAUUGCUCGGUCCACACACAGGGACAGCCUGAGCAAGGACAACCACUCGUCACACACACUCGGUCUCCCAUCAAAGAGCCCGUCACCGACCGUCAAGGCCAAGCAGGUGGAGGGCAAUGCUGCCCUCAGCUGGACCAUGAAGAGAUUCCUGGAGCCAGCCAGCAGGCAAGGGUCUUUGAGUUCAGAGGCUGAGCUGUCGCAGUACUUUUCCCACGACAUUACCAACCAGACCUCGCUCUCGGAAACCACGGUGAUGGGCUCCAGCGACGACGACAUGCUGCACCACCGCAGCUGCAGCACCUCACUGGAUGAGUCAGGGGUCCAGCCCCUCGGGUAUAAGCCCAGCGGGUGUGUGGGGGUGGAAGCCGUGUACGCAGAGGCCGGGGGGAAGGCGUGUAGCCCUGGAGGGAAGCAGGCCAGUGUGGGCAGCAGCCCCAGCUCCGUCCGCAGUCCCCUGCUCCGUCAGCGCCGGGUCAUGUGCUAUGAGGAUGAGCCUAGUGAUGACGAGCAGGAGGAUGGCAUGACGCCGACGGGACUCUACCGGAGGCCGGCGCACCAGCAGGCGGCAGCGGCAGUAGCAUCGGGGAACGCCACGGACUUCCAGGCCCACCUUCAGGAGGAAGACUCGGGCAUCGUGGUGGCCACCUCGUCGGUGGAGGUGGACGACGAGAGCCAGGAUGGCGGGGAGUCCCACCGCUCGGCUGCAGGAGGAGGUGCAGGGGGUGGCAGCUCGCUGGAGUCGGAGGACGGAGGAGUUGUCCCAGCCGGAGCCGAGUCGCCCUUCAUGCCCAUUCGAUGCCUCGACCAUGACAGAGGAGGAGGAGGGGGAGGAGGAGGAGGUGUCAGCAACCUGGGUGUGAAGAAGGAGUCCUACCGUGGUGAUGGUCCCCCUGAACCCAAGCGGUCACCGAAGCUUGAGCACAAGGCCGUCACGCGCGUCAAGAGCAUGAUGAGCAUCGAGUGCCCCAAUCCCCCGCCGCGUGCCAAGGGCGAGGAGCCCGUCGCCCCCAUGCCAGCCAUGGCCAGCCAUACGGCCACUGGCACCCUGACCCGCUCCGGGUGCCGCGGCCCCCACCCCUGCCGGCGGGGCGAGCCCAGCGAGCUGUCAGGCAUCUGCACCAUCGAGACGGUGGUCCUGAGGAGGAGUGAGAGCGAGUCGUUCGGCCUAGACCUGGAGAUCAAGUCCUCCCCUCUCAAGGUCAUCAUCACUGGCCUGAGGCCGGGCGGCGCCGCAGAGAGGGAGUCCAUGGGGAAGAUGGGCGUAGGAGAUGAGAUUGUGGCGAUCGGGGACACGCUGGUCUGCGCCUCGUCCUAUCAGGAGAUCUGCGAUCUGAUGCACAACCUUCCUGUAACACUGACUUUAGAGAUUCAGAAACCCGUUUCAGCUGUAGAUCGACUUUCCUGCCUGAUGAUGUCAUCGAGCUGUGAUGGACCUUCCAGAGCCGAUUCCUGGAGAACCGGUUUGGAGGAAAAUGGCUGCCUGGAAAACAAGAACAUCCCUACUCCGGAGGGCACCUCAUCCGUACCAAAUUCCGAGGAGCCCUUGACCAACCACAGCAGCGAGGUGCCCGUCACCAACAUCGAUGACUUUAUCACUGAGCUCUCCAAACAGGAGCAACAUACCAACUCAACAGGUACCCAUCAGGCAGGAAGCACAGAAAGUACCACAAACCCCACAGGCAGUGCCAACCAGCAGGGUGACGAGAGAGGCUCCGGUCAGACUCAAGCCCAAGCACGACCGAACCUCUUGGAGUUCUCUGUGCUCGACUCAGGAACCCGAGGUGGCCUGCUGCCUGUGGGAAAGACAUUUCUGAACAACUACUCGCGGAACUUCAGCAACCUGACAGGGAGUGAGGUGACAAAAGGGGAGAAUCCUGGGCCUGGACCUGAACCCAAAUGCAUGUACGGCUUGGUGGAGGACAGCGACUCGGAGAGUGACUCAGCUACUGACAGAACCGUUCAGGAAAACAGGGAAGCUCAAGACCACAACGCUGGCGACACUGAUGAGGAAGAGGUGGAGAUCUGCUAUGACACUCCGACUACAGCAGAGCAGAAUCAGUUAAAUGGCAACGGGCCUCUUUCUCCUCCACAUUAUGCUCCCCCACCCCCACCUCAGGAUGACACGUUAAAUAACACAGAGCACUCACCGGCCUUAGAUACACUCCAUAAAGCGAAGUGCAAACAGGCAGCUACUGACCCAUUGCUCCCUGCAUCCCCGAGUUCCCACACCCAGUCCUCAGGCAGCUUGGUUCUUAAUGGCGAAAGCCAGAACAUUAUGGCUAAGACAGACCCAGAAUGUGCCUCUGCUGGGAUGGCUGUGCCCACAUCUGUUGGCGAUGCUGUCAACGGCACAAUGGAGACUAAUGAAAAGGUUUUGGCACCUGUCAAAACAAACCAGUUGUGCCCAUCGGGCAUCGCCGGAACACCUGUCACUCAGAACCACUGCCACGUCACUUCGCGGAGUCCGCAGAGGACGUCGAGGUUGCUGGCGAGCACGCCACAGAGCUCGGAGAGACUCUCCAGCUCUUUGUCAACACCCGCUCCCACCGUAGCUGAGUCAAAGGCUUCCAACUGCAGUGAUGGCAAAUCAGGUGGAAAAACAUCGGCACUGACAGCAAAAGAGAAAGAGAAAGGUCAGAUAACACAGAGUGAGUCAAGGACGACUCUUACACAGAAUAACUCUUCUACUCAGCUGCCAAGGAGUCCUGGUCUGAAGGAACAACCCCAGUCCAACUGUAAGUUAAAGCUCCAAGAUAAAACCCUAAAGUCACAGAGCAAUGCACCCAAACUAAAAGGCCUGACCAUUAAGAGUAAAAGUAGAGCACAGAACAGUGAGCAGUCCCUCUCAAAACCUGCACGUGCUGAAAGUCCAGUGCAGAGAAAAAGCACAGCGUCUCCGCUCCCGUCCCCAAAAGUCCAGGCCAAAAGGAUAGUCUCUGUUGGCAGCCCAAAAAUAACCAGGACCUCCGAGAAAAGUAGCAUUUCUUCCUCAGGUAGACUGUGUGAAAGAACUCAGGAGAAGAGCACAUGUAGUGCGGUGGGAACCACCAUGGCUGUACAGGCAAAUGUAGCGAGCAAUGUGAAAGAGACUUGUUCUGUCCAAGAAGUGGCACAGUUAUCUCAGGAACCUCUGAAGCAUAAUGGUAAAGACAAGUCGGAAACAACGACCACUCAGAGGACAUUCAUCGAGGUGCGACUCUCGUCAUCUUCCCCCUCGUCAUCCUCCACACCCAUCCUCGCACGUAAACAAACUGUGAACCCAUCCAACUCCAACCCAGUCCCAGAAAGUAAGGCAACCAUUGGAGCCACAGACUCAAGUCAUUUUAAUUCGGAGUCUCAACUGAAUCGGUCAAGCAUGUCAAGUCCCACAUGUAAUUCCCCACAAACGCAUACAGCUGUUAGCGCUACAGAAACUGUUGAGAAAAGCCCUAGCACCUUGAGCAAUGGUUCAUUGGAUCACAGCCUCAGAUUGUCCAGUAUUUUGGAUGCAGGUGAUCAACUGAAGUCAAGCAGGUCCAAACUGUACCUAAAAGCAAUGGAGCGCAGGAGCUUUUCCACAGACGGCGGAGGUCUGGCUGACCCCAACCCCUUUUCUGUGCGCCAAAGGAUCAAGUCCUUUGAGAACCUGGCUGGUUUUGAUAAGGCCGUGGUCCGCUGUAUUGUUGUUCCAUACUAUACCACCAAGCCCCCACUAAACCGGACACUGUCAGGUUGCGUGGGCUCAGCCAAUGGUACUGGCACAACGGACUGUUCCAACUCCCUGAGACGGAGUCUCAGCUCAUAUGCAGACGAUCCUGGCUCACCUCCCCCUUCGCCCCAACUGCGGAAGGUCACAACCUCAGAUUCCCGGGCCUCUGCCGGUGGUGUGGUCCCGGUUUCGGAAGAACCCAGAUCAAACCGCUGCUCUUUUGCACCCCCUGUGCUGAGGCAGCGUAACUCCCGGGGUCUAGCUGGCCUGUCGCGCUCCAGGCUGAGGGAGCUGCGUGCUCUGAGCAUGCCUGAGCUUGACAAGCUCUGCACCGAGGAUUUUUCCUCGUCGUCCUCUUCUCCCGUCGAGACAGCCAGCAACGUCACCUUCAAGACCGAGCUGGAGGUACAGCCACGCAAACACACUGACUCAUCUUCCGAGGGCCUGCAGAACACUCUUGUGACCACCAGGUUGAGCAGGAGCGAAGGCAUCCUUAAGGGAAUAACCCAGGAGGAGAACCACUACCAAGUGCCCAAAGCUAAUGGGCAGACAUCAGCUUCUCCUAGCUGGUCUGUGAGCCUCUGCGAGCUGGCGGUGGCCCCCCUAGAGCAGGCCAAGCUGCAGGAUGUCCUCGCCUCCCUGCGAGCGAAAGUGGACACAGUGACCCUCAUCACCGACACCAAGGCCCAGGCAGAGAUGAAAGAGGAUGUUUACUUUGUCGUGCUUACCAAGGAGGAGGGCUCUGGGCUGGGAUUCAGUAUCGCCGGAGGCGUCGACCUGGAACAAAAAUCAGUGACAGUUCAUCGCGUUUUCACCAAGGGUGCCGCCAGCGUGGAAGGUACCAUCCGCCGCGGGGAUGCCAUACUGUCCAUAAACGGGACCAACCUGAGAGGGCUGACCCACGGCGAGGCCCUGUCCGGUCUGCACCAGUCAAGGCUCCCCAUACAAGCCCUCGUGGUCAUCCAGCGUGGGAAGGACAGUGAGCUGCCAUCUCCCAGACAUGAGCCCGGCCUCCACUCUGCACCCUCUUCAUCUCUGGCCUGCAGGGACAACGGCAGGGCAACAGGCGCAGUGGUGGAGGUAGGUCCAGACGGAGUGCUUAGCGUGGAGCUUCAGAAGACCUCCGCCGGCCUGGGCUUCAGUUUGGAUGGGGGCAAAGCCUCUGCCCACGGUGACAGACCACUCAACAUCAAACGCGUCUUUAAAGGUGGCGCAGCUGAGCAGUCUGGGGUCAUCGACGUCGGGGACGAGGUGCUGGCCAUCAACGGCAGAUCUCUGCAAGACCUGAUGCACUAUGACGCCUGGAACAUCAUCAAGACGGUGUCCGAGGGCCCUGUGCAGCUGGUCAUCAGGAAGCCCCGGACAUCCGUAUGACUGAGUCCAUUUUUUUGGAGUGGAUUUUGGAGUGCCAAAUUGCAGACAGAGGACAAACUGUUUUGUGUGAGUGUGUGUGUGUGUGUGUGUGUGUGUGUGAGUGAGGGUGUAUAUAUAUCAAUAUAUCAGGACUUCAGUUUUCUCCCUUUUUUAUACUUAUUUUUUCUACAGUUCUACAGAUUUUUUUCCAUGAGAGAGAUAACCUUCACAGCCUGAGGCGGCGGGCGCCCAGACUGAAGUUGGUGACAUUUUGAUAUUUAUUAGCGCUCGCCCACAAAGCCAACAGACUCUCUCUCUCUCUCUCUCUCUCUCUCUCUCUCUCUCUCUCUCUCUCUCUCUCUCUCUCUCUCUCUCUCUCGGAAGUGUCCUCCUCACCCUGGCCAGCGUCUAAUUCCCAGCCUGAAAACAGUAACUCAGUCGCAGACAGACCCGUAGAUUACCUGCUAAGUGACAGGGCGGGAAGACUGAAGUACCACGUUUGUCUUAACUGUCUCUGCACCCUGUUAGCUGCCUCUUCAGACUGCCUCUUCGGUCCUACUCACAGUAGCCACCUCCGAUCCUGUCUACUAGACCAAAAGAGUUUAUGUAAACUCUCCACCGAGGGUACAGUGGCUUUGGUGCCAGGUACUGUUUUUUUCAAAUGGAGUCCCUUAUCCUAUGGUGGUCACUUUUGUUAUUUGUAUUUUACAAUAGAGCUGGUUGCUACUAUGGAAGAAAAAAUUUGAUGGCAAUAAUAUUUGUGAAGUAUUUAUAUUUUUUCCUCUCUUGGCGCCAUUAUUUUUGAAUGCUUUUUGGCCUUGCCUGUUUGGAACGGAGCAGCCUGAUAGCACCUUUCCCCCCUCAGAAGGAAGAGACAGUGAUGAAAGAGUUCCUUCCAUAUUCUGCCUCGAUUUUGCCGUGCUCAUUUGGAGGUCAUUCAAGCAGACAUGGUCUGAAACGGCAGUUGAAUUGAUCCAUGGGUUAUUUGCCACCACACAGCACUCAUCCUUAAGAAUAAAUGCAAUUGUUAUCAUCAUUCACAUGAAAAUGCCUGUUUCCUGGUGGGGGGUGGGGAUGGGGCUCUCAAAGAAACCGACCAUUUGUGUGAACUUCCCCUUUAGAUUUAAUACUACACCAGUAGUGUGGUGAUACUGUACUUGAACUGUGUAUGUGUAAAUAUUAUGGUCCCAUUUGAUGAUGAAUUAAAUUAAUUAUCUGGGCUUUUGAGCACCACUGCUUUUAUGACAGUGUGUGAAACAGUAAGCUAUCAUGAAUUCAGAAUUAUACUGUGCGUCUAAGACUUGGAGCUUGACUCUAUGCUGUUUUGAAUCAUUAAAUACUUUUUGAAUGCUGCGAA